GUUAGUGUUGUUAGGUCGAAGCGUUCAGUGGUGUUCACACGGUUCUCCGCUGGUCACGUGAAUGAACAUCACAUUUGAUUUAGAGAAGAUCAAGACAAUCUUGACAUUUAUCUGAUUGAUUCGCAGAGUACAUUAUAUAAAGUUAUGUUUUGUUAGUGGAGUAAAUCGACACUAAAACGCGCGAGGAUAGAGUGGUCUACAAGUCCUUCGCUCCUUGACCGUCAGCUUACAAGAUGGAACGCCGGAAGUGGCUCAUCCUCUGUGGCACUUUCGGUGGCUGCGUCGUACUCGGCGUCAUCGUAUUUUUCGCCAUGUCAUACCUAGGACUCGUGUGAAGGAAAAAGACCUAAGGCGUAAAGUAAACAAAGCUGUGUGGCUGUGCGGUGAGUAGGAAGAAACAAACGCGCGAGGGCAGAGUGGUCGUCUACAGUUCCUCUGUUCCUCGACCGCCUCCUUGCAAGAUGGAAUGCCGCCAGUGUCUCAUCAUGAGUUUCACUCUCGUUGUCUACGUGGUAAUCGCCCUCGUCAUAUUUUUCUCCCUGUGAUAACUAGGAAUGAUGUGAAGGAAGACCUAAAGGUUUCGUGUUCAUGGAGGAGGCGCCCGAAGACGAGGACGACCCGCCCGGAGGGGAUGCGCGGCCGUCGAGUGUUUGCUUUGAUGCCCCGGUUUCUGAUUCAAGGCCUUAGUAUGGGAGAUGGGUGCAAAGAAGCAGCAAGCCAACACGCCCAUCGCUCUCUCUACCGUCACCUCCAUCGCCGUCGUGUUUGUGGUGUUCAUCUAGAUUUCGACUGGUCGAACCUAACAGGAAUCUAUUAUGCCUUCAUCCCUCUCGCAACUACUGGAUGAACAACAUCGGCGCAGUGCAAGGGGGAGGCCUUUGCGUAAACAUUUCCGAAGACACCCCCGUCUACCCCAGCGCCGCCCCUUCGCCGUCUGCAAAUCACACUUCCUUGAUAUGUGGCCUUAGGAUACGACCGGAGGCACGGAGGUCGUUCGUCAAGGAUCCUGAAUAUUCUCCUGACUGUUUUGGCCGAAAACGAAAACGUCCUUUGAAUCACAAAUCUAAACUGACUACGGUCGUAGCGACACGAAGCGGUGGCUUGUUCCACGCGAUCAAUUUUCGUGGCGAUAUAGGUGAUACAUGUUAAGUUCACUGCCUUUUCAUAACCACCAGGCUUCUUUUACAGUAUUAACUAUUCUGGAUCAAAGUAUCCUUGACACCCAAACACAGAGUCAUCAACACCCAGGAGAGCGAGAAGGCAACGAAACUAAUGCUAAACGAAAAUAUCACAAAACAAAACGGGGCAAAGAUUACGAAACCAAGAGAUCGAGGUCACGAGGUCGGAAUCAAAGGGAAAACGGUCAUGUGAGGAAAGGGGGAUCUCAAGGUACAUAUAACCAGGUAUCUCCACUUCCAUAGAACCUAUCGAACCCAAGAGUUAAAUUUACUUUUUUCCAAGAGUAUUCUGAUGGUUGUUAAUAGUAAGGAACCUUUAGUUUUCAUAAAUAUAAGAGGGGAAUUUUGGUCUUACUACUGGAAAGUAUAACAAUAUCGAGUAUACUAUACAAAUAUUUACAUAUCUAGUUAUAUACAGCAGCAGACUGUCAUUGGCUUAACAUACGAGUAGUGACGUCAUUGCCCCUGCCCCAUUGUUUGGCCCCAACAAUUUAUGCGAUAUUUUAGGGUAAGUGUUAUUUCAGUGCAUUUAUUAUGAAAAUGAUUCAGUAAUAAGAAUGUUUAAAAAAAUGAUCGAAAACGAAACCAAGAGGAAACAAAUAAAAAUACAUUGAAUAUUUGCAAUGGACAAUGGUGAUGAGGCAGGGCUUAGGUCGGAAGUUGCCAACUAGGAUUUUCAUCAAAAUGGAGUGUCAAUACCUGUGUAAUAAUACCUUAGGUGAUCAGUGUACAACACGGAAAAUUACCAUAAUCAGAAAUAAAGAGGAUCACGAGCAAGGGAUGAUGAAAGGGAAGUAGAAAUUAGGAAUGUUGGAGUGUUAUCCUAGGAUAUAGUUAGGACUACGAAGGUUAUUUGUAGCUAUAUAAAAAAAAACAACAACUUGAUCAGUAAAUUUUGCAUGAUAGUAAUGUAACGGAUAUAUCUUAAGUUCAUGAAAAUAAGUAGUUUGUAGGAAUGUUAUAAGAUUGACUACUUUCAAGGGACCAUACCAUGGCUUAAGUGCAUGCAUGUGAGGCAGUGACCAAACCAUUUAAUUAUGGAGUGUAAAAUUAACUUCUACAUUUCUGAUAAUUAAUUGUUUGGUCUGUCCAU